AUGGGUGAAGUUACAAAAUCAGAUAUCGAAGCUCUCACAGCAGCGUUUACCGCUGCCAUCAACACCAUGAACAAUCGGAUGGACCAACAGAUUGGAGAAAUUCGUGGGUUGUUGGGAGAGAGGAACAACCACAACAAUAACGAUCAGAAUAGAGGCAGGGAAGGAGGCCAGCGAGUUAGGGCUCCACGUAGAGAGGUUGUUGUUCAUACUUCAGAAUCUGAGUCUGAAGAAGAGGUUGUGCAAUAUGAACCACAAGGACAAGCUGACCAAGAUUACAAAGUCAAGGCCGAAAUUCCUUUCUUUUCGGGUAACUUGGGUGUAGAAGAUUAUCUAGAUUGGCAGCUUCAGGUGGACAGGUUCUUUGAGAUUAUGGAAGUUCCUGAACACAAGCAGGUUAAGCAUGUUGCAUGGAGAUUGAAGAGUACUGCUGCAGUUUGGUGGGAUAAAUUGCAGAACACUCGAAAGAAGCAGAGGAAGCAGGGUGUUAAGACAUGGCGAAGAAUGAAGCAGCUGAUGAUGGAGAGGUUCUUGCCGGACGAUUAUGAGCAGAUUCUGUACAGGUUGUAUAUUGAAUGUGUCCAGGGAACUAGGACAGUGGCUGAUUACAUCGCUGAGUUCUUACGCUACUCAGAGCAUAAUGAACUAGGAGAAACUGAAGGCCAGAAGGUGGCUCGCUAUGUCAGUGGGCUGAAGCCUUCCAUUCAGGACAAAAUUGGGUUACAAACUGUUCAUACUAUGGCAGAAGCUUCAAACCUAGCAUUGAAGGCAAAGUUGUUAGAGAAGCCUUCACGAGCUUCUUCUUUCCAGAGAUAUAACUACCAAAGGAGCACAGAUUUAGCAAACGCCUCGACUGAGAAGGGUAAAACCACACUGCAGAAAACAGAAGGUGCUUUUAGGGCUUCCUAUCCUCCUUUUAAAGGGGCUGGCAGUUCUAGUGGUGCUCAAAACAGGGCCCCGAACCAGAGGCUUAAUAAUCCUUAUGCUAGGCCUACAACAGACAUUUGUUAUCGAUGCAACAAGCCUGGCCAUAGAUCUAAUGUAUGCCCUGAGAGGAGAACUGCCCUUAUAGAUGAUUAUGAUGAGGAUGAAGAAGAAGUUGGAAGAGAUGGCGAUUAUGAUGGGGCUGAGUUUGUGGAGGAGGAGUCCCCUGAAAAGGUUAAUAUUGUGUUGCAGCGGGUACUAUUAUGUCCUAAAGAGGAGGGGCAGCGACGCAAUAUUUUCAGGUCCCUUUGUUCCAUUAAUAACAAAGUGUGCAAUUUAAUUAUGGAUAAUGGCAGCUGCGAAAAUUUUGUAGCCAAGAAACUGGUGGAGUAUUUGCAGUUACCUACGCAGCCUCAUGAUGCACCUUAUUCCCUCGGGUGGGUCAAGAAAGGUCCACAAGUUCGAGUUGUUGAAUCCUGCAAAGUACCGGUGUCCAUUGGUAAGCAUUAUAAAGAUGAAGUUAUGUGCGACAUUAUUGAUAUGGAUGCUUGUCAUAUUUUGUUUGGACGACCUUGGCAAUUUGAUGUGGAUGUGACGUAUAAAGGCAGAGAUAAUGUGAUGUUGUUUAUGUGGAAUAACCAUAAAAUUGCUAUGGCUCCUGUGUGUCAAUUUGAGAAAUCUGGUGGAAAGAAAGGGGAGAGUUUUCUGACCUUGUCUAGCAGUGAAUUUGAGAUGGAGGAGGCCUUUAAAGAAUCUGAGGUUUUCUGUCCAGUGGUGAUUAAGGGGUUGUUGGCUGCAGAAAAGGAAGAGGUGGUGAUUCCUAAGGAAGUGCAGAAUAUGUUAGGAGAGUUUGAAGAGUUGAUCUCGGAUGAGUUGCCCAAUGAGUUACCACCUAUGAGAGACAUUCAGCAUCAGAUUGAUUUGGUGCCUAGAGCUAGCUUGCCCAAUCUACCACAUUACCGAAUGAGUCCCAAGGAGAAUGAGAUUAUGAGAGAACAGAUUGAAGACUUGUUAAAAAAAGGGUUCAUUCGAGAGAGUAUGAGUCCUUGUGCAGUUCCAGUCCUCCUUGUUCCUAAGAAGGGCAAUCAAUGGCGGAUGUGUGUUGAUAGCAGGGCCAUUAAUAAGAUAACUGUGAAGUACAGGUUUCCUAUUCCUCGUUUGGAAGACAUGCUUGAUGAGCUAGAAGGUUCCAAAGUGUUUACCAAGAUAGACCUUCGUAGUGGAUAUCUCCAGAUUCGAAUCAAGCCAGGAGAUAAAUGGAAGACAGCUUUUAAGAGCAAGGAUGGCUUGUACGAGUGGAUGGUUAUGCCAUUCGGGACCAAAGAAGAACAUCUGGUACACUUGAAGCAGGUUUUGGGAGCUUUACAGGAGAAUAAACUGUACAUCAACCUGAAAAAGUGUACAUUCUGCACCAGCAAGUUAUUAUUUCUGGGAUUUGUGGUUGGAGAAGAAGGCAUUCAGGUUGAUGAAGAGAAGGUACGAGCUAUAAGAGAAUGGCCAGCUCCAAAAACAGCUUCUGAGGUGCGGAGCUUUCAUGGUUUAGCUACCUUCUACAGGAGGUUUGUGAAGAAUUUCAGUAUCAUUACUGCCCCUAUUACUGAAUGUUUGAAGAAAGGAAAAUUUCAGUGGGGAGAGGAACAAGAGAAGAGUUUUGCCUUGAUCAAGGAGAAACUUUGUACUGCACCAGUUCUCGCUCUUCCUAAUUUUGAUAAGGUUUUUGAGGUUGAAUGUGAUGCUAGUGGCGUGGGAGUAGGUGUUGUAUUGUCACAAGAGAUGAAACCAGUAGCAUUCUUUAGUGAAAAGCUGAGUGAAGCUCGUCAGAAGUGGAGUACUUAUGAUCAAGAAUUUUAUGCAGUGUUCCGAGCAUUGAGGCAAUGGGAGCACUACCUGAUUCAGAGAGAAUUCGUACUGUUCAUGGAUCAUCAAGCCUUGAAGUACGUUAACAGUCAGAAAACUGUGAAUAAGAUGCAUGCAAGGUGGGUGAGUUUUCUGCAGAAAUUCUCUUUUGUGAUUCAACAUAAAUCUGGUACUCUUAAUAGGGUGGCAGAUGCUUUGAGUAGGAGGACUUCCUUGCUGGUCACUUUAGCCCAGGAGAUUGUGGGGUUUGAGCUCUUGAAAGAGUUGUAUGAGGAAGAUACUGAUUUUAAGGAGAUCUGGACCAAGUGCAGUAGUAAUAAUGCAGUUGCAGAUUUUUAUGUGAAUGAAAGAUAUUUAUUCAAAGGCAAUCGGCUAUGUAUCCCUAGUUCUUCGUUGAGAGAGAAACUGAUUAGAGAUCUGCAUGGAGAGGGUUUGAGUGGACACUUGGGCCGAGACAAAACUAUUGCUAGCCUUGAGGAGAGGUAUUUCUGGCCACAGUUGAAAAAGGAUGCAGGAACUAUCGUGAGGAAGUGCUACACCUGCCAGGUUUCUAAGGGUCAGUCCCAAAACACAGGACUUUAUCUUCCUUUACCUGUUCCUGAUGAUAUUUGGCAGGAUCUUGCUAUGGAUUUUGUGCUGGGAUUACCCCGUACCCAAAGAGGUGUGGAUUCUGUGUUUGUGGUAGUUGACAGGUUCUCUAAGAUGGCGCACUUUAUAGCUUGUAAGAAGACUGCUGAUGCGUCCAAUAUAGCCAAACUGUUUUUCAGGGAGGUGGUUCGUUUGCAUGGAGUGCCCAAGUCCAUCACCUCUGAUAGAGACACGAAAUUCCUUAGUAACUUUUGGAUUACGUUGUGGAGAAUGUUUGGAACAACCUUGAACCGUAGCAGCACAGCUCAUCCUCAAACUGAUGGACAGACAGAGGUUACUAAUAGAACUUUGGGUAACAUGGUUCGGAGUGUUUGUGGAGAUAGGCCCAAACAGUGGGAUUAUGUUUUGCCGCAGGUGGAGUUUGCUUAUAACAGUGCUGUACAUAGUGCAACAGGGAAGUCCCCAUUCUCAUUAGUUUAUACUGCUGUUCCUCGACAUGUGGUGGAUUUGGUAAAGCUUCCUAAAGUUCCUGGUGUUAGUGUUGCUGCUGAAAGCAUGGCCAAGGAUGUGCAGUUUGUUCGAGAAUCAGUUAAGGCCAAGCUGGAACAAACUAAUGCAAAGUAUAAAGCUGCAGCUGACAAGCAUCGGCGAGUUAAAGUGUUCCAGGAAGGUGAUGAUGUGAUGGUGUUCCUGAGGAAGGAGAGAUUUCCUGUUAGUACCUAUAACAAGCUGAAGCCCAGAAAAUAUGGUCCUUUUAAAGUGGUGAAGAAGAUCAAUGAUAAUGCUUAUGUUGUUGCACUUCCAGAUUCGAUGGGCAUUUCUAACACUUUCAAUGUUGCUGAUCUGCAUGAGUUUCGUGAAGAUGAGGCUCUUUAUCCUGAAGAGAACUCGGGGUCGAGUUCUUCGGAGGUGGAGGAGACUGAUGCAGAACAGAUUGAAGCCGCUUUUGGGGAUCUCAUCUCCCAAUCUCAAAGCGUAUUCAUUCCAGGCAGAUUGAUUUCUGAUAAUUCCCUUGUGGCUUUUGUGAUUUCUCAUGAUUAUCUGAAGCGUCUGAGAAGUGGAGGAGUAGGGUUUUGUGCUUUGAAACUAGAGAUGAGAAAAGUGUACGACCGUGUGGAGUGGGGUUUCUUGGAGGCAGUAAUGGAGCAAUUUGGGUUCUGUAGGGAAUGGAUAGAGGCUCUAUCCAGGUUAAUAUCAGUGGUGGAGAGACAAGAUGUGUUGCAUGGAGUCACAAUCUGCAGUGGAGCCCCAUGCAUCAGCCACCUUUUCUUCGCUGAUGACUCGUUCAUCUUUUUCAGAGCUGAUGAGUCAGAAUGUAGGGCAAUUAAACACAUCUUGCACACUUAUACUAAGGCAUCAGGGCAAGAAGUUAAUUUCCAAAAAAGCUGCAUAUGUUUCAGCAAAAAUGUGCCACUCCAUGAGCAGUUUGGGCUUGCGGGACUAUUGGGAGUGACUCGAGUGCAGAAGCAUGACAAAUACUUGGGCCUCCCUACGGAAUUAAGCUAUUCGAAAGAUGAAGCUUUCCCGUUCUUGAAUGAGAAGAUUGAGAAGAGAACACAGGGUCGGAGGGACAAGACAUUGAGUGUGUCAGGGAAGGAAGUGCUCAUCAAAUCAGUUUUACAAUCCAUACCUAACUACGUGAUGAGUUGCUUUGAACUCCCACAACAUUUAUGUACUGCCAUGCAUCAGAAUAUAGCGAAGUCUUGGUGGAGGGAUAAAGAUGAGGCCAAAAAGAUCCAUUGGCUGGCAUAG